GACGAUACUUGCCCUCCCACCCCUUCCCAAGUUCCACCAAACAACCACAGCAAAGCCAACAAAGUUACAAAACCCCUAGAUUCUCACAAUGGUGUCUCUCCGCGCCCUGACCCUCGGCCUCCUGGCCCUCCCCGCCGCCCUGGCAGCGGACUGCUACGGCAGCGGCAACGCCGGGUUUUCCGUCACUGAGUACCAGCAGACGGCCGCCCAGGUCUGCAACUACGGGCCCUCUGCGAGCCUCGUGUUUGGCGACACCGGCUUCCCCAACUACUACCGCAGGGUCGUCGAGGCGAGCUACACCGGCACCGAGAAGCUCCACUGCUGGGAUGCCUUCAACAACAUUAUCGCCCAGUGCGUGCAGGGAUCUGGGAGAAAUGGGGGUCAGUGGACUUGGGAUUAUGGCAGUGAUCAUGAGAAGUACUACAUUCAGUCGUACUACGGCUAGGAGUAGCACGGGGCAAGAAGAAGGUCGAGAAGGUCUUCAGAGGGCGAUCAACUAGCAGUGGAGGUCCAUCAAUUGAAGCAGCUUGGCAACCCAGCAUGUACUCGGGUUCUAGCUAUUCCCACAAUUCCCGUUUCUCAUGACGCCUCAAGGUUGACC